AUGGUCCGUAAGCUGAUCAUGAUGUUAGUGGUGGCGUUGGUGUGUUUAUCCGAUUCAGGAUUACAAACCGUGGCAGGAGAAAAGCUUAAGCUUGUCUACCAGUGGUCGCAGCUGGGAACCGGUGGCAAUAGUUCCCAAUCAGGAUUGCCACGAGUAACGUUCGCUUCAAACAUUGUGGAAGUCAGUGACGAACGGUUCAAUGCUUACGGCAACAUCCCAAUGGGAGUGACACACCACAAAGGGUUUCUGUACGUGACAAUACCUCGUCGACGAUCCGGAAUUCCGGCAACGUUGAAUGUCAUCGAGUUGGCACGCAAUCCGUCGGUGAACAAUCCAGUGAUGGAAGCUUACCCUAAUUUGCUGGUCAACACGUUGCAUCGGGAUUAUGCGGCUGAUCCGAAGAGAAUUGUUUCCGUCUACCGAACUCAGGUUGACCGGUGCGAUCGUCUUUGGUUCGUUGACACUGGCUAUCUAGAGUAUCCGGGCACUGCUCGCCGCCAAGUGCAGCGACCCGCGCUAUGGGUUAUCAAUCUGAACACAACCCGCAGUGUGCGGCGCUUCGAGAUUCCUCCUGAGAUGGCCGAGUUCGGGUACGGCAUUCCGAACGUAGAGGUCGACGUCGAUCCAACCGACUGCGAGCGAACUUACGCUUACAUGCCGGACUACGAAUGGCAGCGGUUGUUCGUGUACGGCCUAGUGGAGAACCGGAUGUGGCGCUUCGAGCACAACUACUUCUCGUUCGAACCACGGGGUGGUGAUUUUAACAUUGCCGGCCAUCAGUUCGUGUGGCGCGAUGGUCUUUUUUCGGUCGCGGUCGGUGGUUUACGGCACGCGAAUUCAACCGAAAAAAUCGUCUAUUUACACUCAAUGUCAUCCGUUAGUGAGACGGCGGUCUCGAACCGGGUGCUGCAGAACGAAACCCUAGCUCGCCUCGGGAACGACGCGUAUGUAAGAGCUUUCCAGCAUCUGGGAGAGCGGGGCCCGAAUACACAAUGCUCAAGCCACGCUUACGACACGCGGACCGGAGUGUUGUUCUACGCAGAAAUUAACCGAAACUCGAUCGGAUGCUGGAACACCAGCAAACCGUUUUCUCCGGAAAACCACGGCAUUGUGCAUCUGGACAAUGAGGAAAUGAUUUAUCCGGCAGAUUUGAAGAUCGACGUUAACGGUGAACUUUGGGUCAUCUCUAAUCGGCUGCCUAUCUGGAUCUACUCCCAGCUAAACGUAACCGACGUGAACUUUCGCAUUUGGCGCCAGACGGCUUCACGCGCCAUUGCCGGUACAAUUUGCAGUUAA